AUGAGAGAAGAUCUAGAAAUACCAGGAUUUUCUUUAAAUUAUUUAUUUCUUAUUUUAGGAAGACAAACACUAUUGUCUGAAGUUGGAAUAAUCAUUUGUGAUAUCACUAAUCCAGCCUCACUUGAUGAAAUGGCUAAACAGGCAACGAUUGUCCUCAACUGUGUAGGACCAUAUCGAUUUUACGGAGAACCUGUAGUAAAAGCAUGUAUUGAAAAUGGAACCAGUUGUAUUGACAUCUGUGGAGAGCCUCAGUUUCUGGAACUAAUACAGUGGAAGUAUCAUGAGAAAGCUGCAGAAAAAGGGGUUUAUAUCAUUGGAAGCAGUGGCUUUGACUCCAUUCCAGCAGAUCUGGGAGUAAUAUAUACCAGAAAUAAAAUGAAUGGUACUUUGACUGCUGUGGAAAGUUUCCUGACUAUACACUCAGGACCUGAGGGGAUAUGCAUUCAUGAUGGUACCUGGAAGUCAGCAGUUUAUGGUUUUGGAAAUAAGAGUAAUUUGAGACGACUACGACACGGAUCAAAUGUGAAACCUAUUCCAAUUGUUGGUCCAAAAUUGAAAAGAAGGUGGCCAAUUUAUUUCUGUAGAGAACUCAACGAAUAUUCUGUUCCUUUCCUGGGAUCUGAUGCGUCUGUUGUGAAGCGGACUCAGCGUUACUUGUAUGAAAAUUUAGAGGAAUCACCAGUUCAAUAUGCUGCUUAUAUAACUGUGGGAGGCAUCACCUCUGUUAUUAAGCUCAUGUUUGCAGGACUUUUCUUUUUAUUUUUUGUGAGGUUUGGCAUUGGAAGGCAACUUCUCAUAAAAUUCCCAUGGCUCUUCUCCUUUGGCUAUUUUUCAAAACAAGGUCCCACACAAAAACAGCUUGAUACCUCAUCGUUUACAGUGACAUUCUUUGGUCAAGGAUAUAGCGAAGGCUGUAGUCCUGAGAAGAGCAAACCAAAUGUCAGAAUUUGUACUCAGGUGAAAGGACCAGAGGCUGGCUAUGUGUCUACACCCAUAGCGAUGGUUCAGGCAGCCAUGACUCUUCUCAAUGAUGUCUCUGAUCUUCCUAAGGUGGGUGGGGUCUUCACACCUGGAGCAGCUUUCUCCAAAACAAAGUUGAUUGACAGACUCAACAAACGUGGCAUUGAAUUUAGUGUCAUCAGCAGCUCUGAAGUCUAAACAUUUGAAGAACUAAUGGAAGUCCUAAAAGUGCAUGAAUUAACAACUUCUGUAUUUGAUAUUUGAAAUUCUUCUAUAAACCUGGCUAUAUAUGGAAAAGAUUGUCAAAUCUAAAAUAUCUAAACAUUAAAAGCAAGAAAUUGUACUAGCUUAACCUAAAUUUCA